AUGCCCAUCACACAGGACAACGCAGGGGUCUUCCUCCCCCUCCUGUGCCAGUGGCUGCAGAACAGCCGUCGGGAGGGGGCCGAGGGCACCGAGCAGCAGCUCUGCCGCUCAGCCGUCCAGAAGCUGAGCGAGUACAUCCAGCUCAACUUCUCUGUGGAUGAGAGCAAACUGCAGCCAGGGAGCUGCGGGACUUCAGAUACGGAGAUCUGCACCAUGUACCUGGCCCAGGAGAUGAGAAAAACUGAGGUUCUCGGGUUGAGCUUUGGGAACAUCCCUGCUCUGGGGGACUACGGGGAGAAGCGCCGGGGAGGGAAGAAGAGGAAGGGGCAUAAGGGGCCAGUGCUUGACGUCGGGUGCAUCUGGGUGACGGACUUGAAGAAAAACAGCCCGGCCGGGAAGUGCGGGAGAGUGCGCCUGAAAGACGAGAUCCUUUCUCUGAAUGGCCAGUUGAUGGUUGGCGAGGAGGCGACUGGAGCCAGUUACCUGGCCGAGCAGUGCUGGAAUGGCGGCUUCGUCUACCUGAUCAUGUUGCGCCGUAUCAAGCGCAAGGCCCCUCUUCCUCCCUCCAACGGCAACAACAGCAACAGCUGCGACCCCAAAGCCAAGCCCAGCCCCGAACCCAGUGACAGAGCUGCUCAAAAUGGGAAAAGGACCAGGAAGUUUGGGGUCAUCACCAGAACACCAGGCAGCAAGGAUGGCAAAGAAAAGCCAGGCUCAGAACACGGGAACGGGCACUGCACCCCGAUGGAGGUGGAGGUUGCUCAGCCGGAGACCUCCGAAGCAGAAAGCAACGGGGAGGAGCAGUUUCGGGGCACCGGGGGACAGUACCGGUGCCGGCUGUCAGAUUGUGGCAUGCCAGACAUUGGUGACCAGUCUGCCCAGCGAGAAGGUUGCCGCAUAUGGAAGAUGCACAUCCUGAAGGGGAUGGACGGGCUGGGAAUCCAGAUAACAGGAGGCAGAGGGUCGAAGCGGUCCCCUCACAGCAUCAUCGUCACCCACGUGGAGGAAGGUGGCUCUGCACACAGGGAUGGCAGGCUGACGGCGGGGGAUGAGCUCCUCAUGAUCAACGGGCAGUCGCUGGUUGGGCUCUCCCACCAGGACGCUGUGGCCCUCCUUCGCUCGGCUGCUGGCCUGGUGCAGCUGGUGGUCGCUAGCAAGGAAUCUGCUGAAGGGGAUUUUCUGAAGUACCCAUCUACCAGUUUGCCAGACUUGCUUAGCACUUGCUCAGUCCAAGACUCUGUCUCUUGCACUGACAAUAAGGAAAAUGAAGAGCCAGAAGAAGAAGAUGUGAAAGGAGUGAAUGUGUCUCCUGAAAAACUGGUCGCUGUGAUGGAAACUGAGAAGUCUCAAGAUCCAGCUUGUGCAGAAGUGUGCAAAGGAAACAACCAGAAUCCAACUCUUGGAAGUGGCAUACUGAAAUACAGAAGUCGAUCCCAAGGUGCCGGAUCCCGCUUGGAGUCCGUGGGAGAAGACGAUGAGCUGACAGUGGAAAACGGUGAAUCGAGUUACGAAAUAGCAGUGAAAUAUUCCCGGGGUGGAAGAAAGCACUCGCUGCCUCAGCAGCUGGAAUCGGCAGGAGCCAGGCAGGACUACCAUAUUGUGAAGAAAUCCACCCGUUCCUUCAGUGCUGCACAAGUGGAAUCUCCAUGGAGACUGACCCAGCCCUCCAUCAUUUCCAACAUCGUCCUGAUGAAAGGGCAAGGCAAGGGUCUUGGAUUCAGCAUUGUGGGAGGGCAGGAUUCUGCUCGCGGACGCAUGGGGAUUUUUGUGAAGACUAUAUUCCCAAAUGGAGCAGCAGCUGCUGAUGGAAGGCUUAAAGAAGGGGAUGAAAUCCUAGAAGUUAAUGGAGAGUCUCUACAAGGGCUGACCCAUCAGGAGGCCAUUCAGAGGUUUAAGCAACUCAAGAAAGGAGUGGUGACCCUGACGGUGCGCACACGGCUGCGCAGCCCAAGCCUCACACCCUGUGCGACUCCCACCUUGCUGAGCCGCUCCAGCUCCCCCAGCUCCAGCGCCAGCGGUGGCACGCCGGUCCCUGGCCCCGACGAGGUGGAUGGUUCGUCCUCCAGCCGCAAAGGACCCGGCCCGAAGGACAGGAUCGUCAUGGAUGUGACGCUCAAUAAAGAGCCAGGGGUUGGGCUUGGCAUUGGUGCCUGUUGUCUCACGCUGGAAAACAGUUCUCCGGGGAUAUACAUUCACAGCCUGGCCCCAGGAUCAGUGGCUAAAAUGGAUGGCAGAUUAAGUCGGGGUGACCAGAUCCUGGAGGCAGAUUCAGUGAGCCUGCGUCAUGCGGCGUUAAGUGAAGCCUACGCCAUCCUGAGCGAAUGUGGUCCAGGUCCGGUCAGCCUUAUCAUUAGUCGGCAUCCUAACCCAAAGGUUUCUGAGCAGGAGAUGGAUGAAGCAAUCGCACGUACCACCCACCGAGAGAGCAAGGACGCCAGCUCCGCUCACGUCACAGGAGCUGUACAAAAAAGCCCAUCUCCUAAUGUGAAGGCCAAACAAGGAGAGACCUCAUCUCCCCUCAGCUGGACUAUGAAACGCUUUCUGGAGCCAGCAAGCCGGGGAUCUGUCAGCUCCGAGGCAGAGCUUUCCCAGUACUUCUCACACGACAGUACGAGCCAGCUCUCGUUUUCUGAUGCUGUAACUGGCUCCUGCGACGAAGAGCAGCUCCGUCAGAAGAGCAGAAACAGUUUGUUGGAUGAUGGCUCUCUUCUUCCUGGCAACCUGACUGCUAGAGAAGCAGGAGCGGCAAAAGCAAAUGGUCUGGCUUCUCCAACUAGUGGGAGAUCAUCCGGCCUUCACAACAAGCACGUGGAGUCUGUCCGACCCGGCAUCCUCAGCGACAGCCCCAAAUCUGCCCGCAGCCCCUUUCAUCGGCAGAGGAGGGUUGUUUUCUACGAUGGUGACGUUAGUGACGAUGACGAAAGCUCCCACGUGCAAAGAAGCCAGAGGGCCAAGAGCCAGGAGGAUGCUGGCAUUGUCAUUACAACCUCGUCUGUAGAAAUCAAUGAUGAGAGCCAGGACAGUGAAUCAACUAGACAUAGUAGCACAGAGACGUCUUCCCCUGUCUUCAGCAACUCCGUGGAGUCUGCAGACAGCUCGCUGGAGCAAAUUGACUCUCCUUUCUUCCCCAUCAUAGCAUUCGAUUACUCAAGUGUGCCUGAAGUUCGUCUUGGCAGCCUGAGUUUGAAGGAGCUCCGGGAAGCACAACUCGAAUCUAAGAGGUCGCCAAAACUUGAGCACAGAGCAGUCACGAGAGUGAAAAGCAUGAUGAGCACUGAGUGCCGAAGCCUUCAGAGACAGAGGACAGAGGAGCAUGGCUCUUAUAACAAGCCUGUGGCGAGGACGCUCCCUCACAGCAAGAAGUGUGAAGCACCUGAUGGGGCCGGGCAGGGCCAGGGUGAAGUAGUCACUCUGGUUCGCAAUGAGCACGAGUCAUUCGGCCUGGAUUUGGAAAUCCAGGCCAUACCCUUAAAGGUUGUUGUCACAGGACUGCGGCCAGGUGGAGCAGCAGAAAUGGGAUCAAUGGGCAAGAUGGCUGUAGGAGAUGAGAUUACCACCAUCAACAGUAUCCCAGUCAGUAAGAUGACGUACGAGGAAAUCUGCUUGCUUAUGCAGUGUCUUCCCACAUCCGUAACCCUGGAGAUCCAGAAAGCAGCAUCAGCUGUCAGCAGAUUUACAAACCUCAUCCUGUCUCCAGGGGUAGACAGUCAAAAUCAGGCUGAUGUCAACAGCGUCCUCGCAACUGAGGAAGAACCGAGUGCUGGGAAGCGAGAAGUAGCAGGUUUGCAAAAUGCUGGUGGCGGCUGCGCGGUGGAGAGAACAACACUGCCACCUGAUGCCACGAGCAAAGACGUGCAAAGAGGUACCAUGAAAAGCAGCUGCGCCGAGGACUGCGCUGCCAUCCCCAUCACCGAUAUCGAUGACUUGCUCAGCCAAAUGGGUGCUCCCGAGAGCAGGGCUUCGCGCACCCCGUCGCGAGCGGAAAGCCCCCUCCGAGAUGAGUACACCACGAUGUGCUGCUGUGGGACUGACGAAGGCUGUCCCGGAUCUGAGGCACGACCAGCCAAGGAGGAGCUGCUGGAAAAAACUAUGAAUUGUGGAGCUAAUGCACAAGGGGUUUUGGGGCUGUCUGUGUUGGACUCCAUUAACACAGGCAAACUUUUUACUGUGAAUAAAAACUCUUUAAAUAACUAUUCUAGGAAUUUUAGCAGUUUAAAUGAGGAUGAGUUGCCUACAGCGAACUCUCUGGAAGGUAAGAGAAGCGACCCCUUUCCAAAGUCUAUGUAUGGGGCUGCGGAGGAUUCUCACUCAGACGCAGAGUCUGUCACAGAAACCUUUGAUAGUGCUAAUGAGGGGUUGCUUGGGCCGUGCACUGCUGCUAAUGCCCCUGCAGUCUGUACUGUAAUGGAGUCGGAUGAGGAGCAAAUUGAGAUUUGUUGCAUGAACGAUGAGCCGCAAAAGCCCACACAGGAGCAGCAUCUCACAUCUGCAACAAGCUCAUCCUCUCUGUCCCCACUGCAACCUUACAGUAGCAAAGUUUUGCAAACUGAGGGCUGUGCAAUGUGUGGGUCACUGGAGACAAGCAUCAACAAACUAGGCUUGGAAGAUCAUGGUGGUCCCACUCCAUGUCCCUCACAGUGUUCAGAUGUGUCCUCUGCAUCCUUGUGUUCUCCUUCCUCAGUUUUCCUGCCAGAAAGAGACAUCCUAAAGAAUUCAGUCAGUAUCCCUGAAGUUUACUCUUUCUGUAACAAUGGUGCCUUAAGUACAGAAGAACAGAUAGGUUUGGGGAACAGUAACGGACAUAUGAAGUGCUGUGAAUCUAUCGAAGAGGAAGGGUCUCUGCACUGCAAAAAGACAAGCUUUUGCUCUGCUAGAAAUGUCAAUGGUUUAGAGAACAACUUGCUUGAGAAAGAAGGAUGUCGUGAUGAGCAGAGAUCCAAAUCUGAAAGCGAAACAGUGGUUGAUGACUGUAAUCAUGCUGUUAGUUAUUGCUUAUUGAAGAAAGAAACCAACAGUUUGUCCAGCUCGUCUAAAACAGACAGCAAUCAUGUGAACGCAUCAUCACCAAGAGCAAUAUCACUCAGGUCUCCCUUUCCCACUAGAUCUAAAGAUCCAAAGGCUAAUACAACUCAUGACUUGCCAGGGAAAAAUGAGAAAAUUAACUCUGUGACUUCAGGAAGGACUUCCAACGGAAAAGUCCAAAGCUCAGGCACAAAUCACUGCAAAGGAGCUGCAGUACCGCACAGCCCAUCCUCACAGAAAAAAUCCUGUCAGGAAUCUAAGGGAAUGGCACAAAAAAGUAUAAUGGACACCCUUUUAAAUAACCAGAAGGCCAAAGCAGGACCAAAGCUAAAAGGGUUCGCCAUCAAAAGCAAAGCAAAGGCAAAUUCGGAUUCUUCUGGCAUUAAUCCUACCAAAGUCAGUGGGGCUGAUCAGAAAAGGAUUUCUGUUUCUCCACAGCUGUCCCCUAAACUCCUGGGGAAGAAAACACCAUUGUCCCGUAAUACACCUACAAACCCAGAUCCUGGCAAGAACAUUUCAGCAGCCUCAAGGACUCUGAAGUCAGAGCUAGAAAAUAAACCAUUGCUGGUCAUUUCUGAAGAUUCACUUCUGCCUCUCCUGAAUGGCACCGGCAGCCCAACAGCGAGCAGUGAAAUGAAGUGUGGCUGUGGGGAGCUAACAGACCUGCAGCAGGCAUGGGAAAAGCCAAAAGAAAAGCAAGUUUCCAUGCAGCCUGCAGUGUGUCAGGGUAAGGGUGUUAAGGUGGAUGAUUUCAGAGCCAGAGAUGGUCAGUCCAAAGUCUCUUCAUCUCCUCAGGGGACACCAAAAGUUGAAUAUGUGAAAGGGAGGACUGAGAACCCUGUAACAGGCCUGAACACGAUCAAGAACAUCUAUAGUGCAGAUGACCUUGGGCAAUUAGAUCUGCAAAACAUAGGGCAGGAGAUCCAGCGUACUUUCAUUGAGGUGAAGCUUUCCUCCUCAUCAUCCUCUUCCUCCUCUUCCUCUGCCUCUUCCUCACCAGCAUCGUUUUUGCAGCUGCCAUUGCUGGAGAAAACAGAAGAGGCGAACGCAGAAGUGCCUCGGCUGACUGAGGAGAUGGGGACCAUCCAGUAUUUCUCAAAAGCGGAUACUGCCGGAGACAGAAAUCUCUAUGGCUUGUCAAAACCUGUCACGAGGACUUACUCGAUGCCAGCCCAGUUAUCAGGUCACUUGAGGGAGGACUGCCAUGUUGCAGAGGUUCAUCCCAUGCAAGGACCCCGGGGCCACGCUGCAGAGGAGAAAUACUCUCAGGCGGUGACAGGAAUGUUAAAGAUGGUCCAUCUCAACCCGCCGAAUGUCCAGAGUGGGAAGGAGCAGGCAUACGCCUCCAAAAGCACCCAGAGAGUCCAUGACACCUCCCCCUCAGCCAGUGACAUUAGCUGCCCUGCCACCGAUAAGCUGAGGAACUUCAGGAGGAAUUACUACUACUAUGAGCUGAACUGGCCACAUGAACCUACCUCAUCCUUCUCUGUCAAACAGAGGAUCAAAUCCUUUGAAAACCUGGCAAAUUUCGACCGGCCCAUCGUGAAGGCUAUCGAUAUACACUCGGCUGCAAGGUCCCCCCUCACCAGGAGGUCGUGUGGUGGGAUGGCCACCGCAGCCAGCCCUGCCGAGACACCACGGGCCUUGCGGCGCAGCUUGAGCUCCUACGGCGGCAGCCCGAGCCCAUCCAACUCCAUGGCCAAGUCUCCCACCAGUGCAGAGCCCACGCGUGUGGCAGAGGGCAGCAAGGGGGAAGGAAAGCCCCAGAGGAGCGAGGAGGGUGGCGCUGGGGCAGACGUGACCGCCUUUUCCCCCUCGGCCUCACAGGCGCGCCGCAGCCGGGGUCUGGGGCGGCCACCGCUGUCCCGCUCCAGGCUGCGGGAGCUGAGGGCCCUCAGCAUGCCCGACCUGGACAAGUUGUGUGGAGAGGGCUUCUCGGGGCCGCCGCAGCCUGCCUGCUUCAAGACGGAGCUGGAAAUCACACCCCGCAGAGCCCUCGGCACACCUGCCCGGAGUGAUGCAGCCACGCCAGCCCACUGCGGCCCCACUGAAGCUGGUGCGAUGGGGAUGGGUGCCAGCAGCCCUCGGGACAGCGGCUCCGGGACACCGGGGUCUGCCUCGGAUGAUGACGUUCCCCAUGGCAGCUCUCUGGAUGGGGAGCGCUCAGAAAACAGCUGGUCCAUAAGCUUGGAUCAGCUGCUUGUGUCAAGCCUGGACCAGCAAAAACUGCAAUCUGUUUUGUCAGCAGUAGUACCAACAUGUGACGUUGCUGCUAUGCUCCAAGAAGUCAAAGCACAAGUAAAGAGCAAAGAAGACACAUACUUCGUAGUCUUGCACAAAGAAGAAGGAGCUGGCCUGGGAUUUAGUGUUGCUGGAGGAAUAGAUCUGGAACAGAAAUCAGUCACAGUCCACAGAGUGUUUUCAAAGGGAGUGGCAUCUCAAGAAGGGACUAUUCAUCGAGGAGAUCUUGUUCUGUCAAUCAAUAGCAAGUCUCUUGUGAGCUCAGUCCAUGGGGAUGUCCUGAAUGCUCUUCAUCAGGCAAGACUAUACAAAUAUGCAGUCAUUGUCAUCCAGAAGGAAAAAGACAAAGCAAACAAUUCCUCCAGACUUGAGAUAUCCGCUACUGGCAGAAAAUGUGUGAGGUCUGGAAAGGAUGUUUCCAUGGAAAUAGGAACAGAUCCAAACCUGGAUAUGAAUGAUGUCAUCUGUGUUGAAUUAUUGAAAACCUCUGCUGGCUUGGGAUUCAGUCUUGAUGGUGGAAAAGCUUCCAUUGCUGGAGACAGGCCCUUGCUUGUAAAAAGAGUAUUUAAAGGUGGUGCUGCGGAGCAAUCUGGAAACAUAGAAACUGGAGAUGAAAUAAUUGCUGUUAGUGGAAAAUCAUUACUUGGCCUCAUGCAUUACGAUGCCUGGAACAUUAUUAAAUCUGUGCCAGAGGGCCCUGUUCAGUUACUAAUCAGAAAACACAGAACUUCAGUAUGA